AUGGGAUGCGCCCAAUAGAAAAUUUAAAAGAAGGAGCAACUGAAUUAGAUUGCUACCUAAAAUUUAUAAACUGGGCCAAUAACAAUGGGCAAAAAAAUAAUAUCGUAUCAAAUAUAUUAUUAUCACAGAAAAUUAUCUCUAAAAUCAAUUGGUAUUAAAUGAAAUUAUUUUAAGAUUAAAGUACCAUUUUGAAGAGAAGAAGAACUAAAGAAUUAAUAACUGAACAAUCUUCACCAACAAAAAUCGACAAGUGA